GGACCGCGGCGCAAUGUCAGAGCAGACGCCGGCCGAGGCCGGUGCUGCGGGAGCCCGGGAGGACGCCUGUCGGGAUUACCAGUCAUCGCUCGAAGACCUGACCUUCAAUAGCAAACCGCACAUCAAUAUGCUGACCAUUCUAGCUGAGGAGAACCUGCCGUUCGCCGAGGAGAUCGUCGCUCUCAUCGAGGCCCAAACCGCCAAGGCUCCUUCCUCAGAGAAGCUUCCAGUUAUGUACCUCAUGGAUUCUAUCGUGAAAAAUGUUGGAAGAGAGUAUCUCACUGCCUUUACUAAAAAUCUAGUUGCAACAUUUAUUUGUGUGUUUGAAAAGGUGGAUGAAAAUACUAGAAAGAGUUUAUUUAAAUUACGUUCCACAUGGGAUGAAAUUUUCCCUUUGAAGAAACUUUAUGCCCUGGAUGUCAGAGUCAAUUCAUUGGAUCCUGCUUGGCCUAUUAAGCCUCUGCCUCCCAAUGUGAAUACUUCUAGCAUCCAUGUGAAUCCUAAGUUUUUAAAUAAAUCGCCUGAGGAACCUUCAACUCCUGGCACAGGUGUCAGUUCUCCUAGCAUCUCCACUCCUCCAAUUGUUCCUCCUCCAAUUGUUCCUCAAGAACAGCUAAUAAGGCAGCAGUUACUGGCAAAGCAAAAGCAACUGCUAGAACUUCAGCAAAAAAAGCUAGAGUUGGAGCUAGAACAAGCUAAGGCCCAACUGGCUGUUUCUCUUAGUGUUCAACAAGAGACAUCCAGUUUAGGUCCUGGAUCAACAUCAUCCAAAUUACAUGUGCCACAGAUUCCUCCUAUGGCAGUUAAAACUUCCCAUCAGGUUCCGGUGCAGCCUGAAAAAAGCCGUUCAACUCCAUCCUUACAAAUUCAAGAUUUGAAAGGAACUACUCGAGAUCCCCGCCUUAAUAGAAUGGGCCAACAUUCUUCUCAUGGGAAAGAUCAAAGUCAUAGGAAAGACUUUCUGAUGAACCCUCUGAAUCAAUCUGAUAUUAAGACAAGUAAAACUGUGCCCUCUGAAAAACUAAAUUCAUCCAAGCAAGAAAAAAAUAAAUCAGGUGAAAAAUCAGCUAAGAAAGAACUUGACCAAUUAGAUUCCAAAUCUAAAUCUAAAUCUAAAUCACCAUCACCUUUGAAAAACAAAUUAUCCCAUACAAAAGACUUGAAAAAUCAAGACUCUGAAAUACCUGAUAUGAACAAAAGAGACCCAAGAUUAAAAAAACAUCUUCAGGAUAAGACUGAUGCCAAAGAUGAUGAUGUAAAAGAAAAGAGAAAAACAACAGAAAAAAAAGAGAAAGAUGAGCACAUGAAAUCAUCUGAGCAUAGACCAGUUGGAAGUAGAAAUAAAAUCAUAAAUGGUAUUAUGCAAAAACAGGAUACAAUAACAGAAGAAUCAGAAAAACAGGGCACAAAGCCUGGAAGAUCAAGUACUAGGAAGCGAUCAAGAUCUCGAUCACCCAAGUCUCGGUCACCAGUUGUACCUUCCCCGAAGAGAAGAGAUAGACGGUCACCCAAACGAAGGCAGAGGAGUAUGUCUCCAACCUCAACACCCAAAUCUGGAAAGAUUCGCCAGUCGGGAGUUAAGCAGUCACAUCUAGAGGAGUUUACAACACUUUCCAGGGAAGAAAGAAAUGCUAAGAGAAGUACGAAACAGGACAUAAGAGAUCCAAGGCGAAUAAAAAAGACUGAGGAGGAACGACCACAGGAAAUUACAAAUCUGCAUUCAACAAAAUUAGGCCCUGAACCAAAAGAGAAUGUAGAAAAUUGGCAAAGUUCCAAGUCUACCAAAAGAUGGAAAUCUGGUUGGGAAGAAAAUAAAAGCUUACAACAGAGUGAUGAGCACAGUAAGUCUCCUCACCCAAGGCAUAGGGAAAGCUGGUCAAGCACUAAAGGAAUCUUGUCACCUCGAACCCCAAAGCAGCAGCAUCGAUUAAGUGUAGAUGCCAAUCUUCAGAUUCCCAAAGAGUUAACUCUUGCAAGCAAAAGAGAAUUACUUCAAAAGACGAGUGAACGCUUAGCAUCUGGUGAAAUUACACAGGAUGAGUUCCUUGUUGUUGUUCAUCAAAUUCGACAACUAUUUCAGUAUCAAGAAGGUAAACAUAGAUGCAAUGUACGGGAUAGUCCUACAGAAGAAAAUAAAGGUGGAUUAAAAAAGAGACCGCUCUUAUCUGAUGCUGAAUUAACCUACUAUGAACAUAAAGCAAAACUGAAAAGGACACAGGUUCAGCAUUCAUUUCCAAGACUUGAUCUUUUAGAUCCUGAUAUUUUUGACUACCCUUUGACUGAUGCCUUGUUGUCUGGAAUAGAAUGUGAGCCAUCCAAAAGUAAACAUGCAAGUAGGAAUAGUGGAGCGCAGUUUGACAGAAAAGAACAAUUUAGUGAAAGAGCAAGACGUCUUUCUCCUAUAUCUGGGAGUCGUACUUAUGCUGAGAAUCUUUCACCCCAUGAGGGCCGGAGAAGACAUGACGAGCAAGUCUCUGCUAAAGGUGUACGAGAAGAGCAGAGAUCGCCAUUCAACGAUCGUUUUCCACUUAAACGACCUAGAUAUGAAGAUCCAGACAAACCUUUUGUAGAGAGCCCUGCAUCAAGAUUCCGCGGCCGCGGCCUUGAUACAAAUCAGCGACUUACGGCUUUAGCUGAAGACAGACCAUUAUUUGAUGGACCUGCUAGGCCAUCAGUUACGAGAGAUGGCCCAGCCAAGAUGAUUUUUGAAGGACCUAAUAAGCUAAGCUCUAGAAUUGAUGGACCUCCUGGACCAGAUUUAUCAUCCAUCAUGUUACGAAGAUUAUCAAAAUGGAAGUUGAUUUUUGGCUACUGUAUUCUUUACUACGUUAACAAAUUUUGCUUCUAA